AUGGAUACCCAACCGUCGGAAAUUGUCCGUUGUCUGAAGCAGGCCGAUCCCGUGGCGCUGAAGCUCAUCGAUCUCAUUGCUAACUUAUCUCACGUCACAUCCUCUGAUGAAGACGUGAAUGCAUACUGGAUCGAAUUAGCAGCUUUAAAGGAAAAGAUGUUUGGGUCGCGAUAUUACGUGGAGGCGAUGGAGAUUGUGAGAGAUUUUGAACGUCGCUCGGAUGACAGUGUAAAUGAUCAAGAUGUUCAAUGGGUGGAAGAAUCGAUGGCGCGGUUGAAUCUGGCCACGUUUGCUUAUUCGAUUUGGAAAGAUGAAAAUCUGGAAUUAUCGUCGGACCAAUUUUUCCGGACGGUGGUGCCUUCCCAUUUCCAAUUUUCGCAAGACUGCAUCAAUGCUUAUAUUGACAUGCGUACACGAAUUCUCGUGAAAAAGAUUCUUGAGAAAUGUGAAAAUUCGGCUGAAGACGACGACGUUGAAAUCAAUCCGGAAAUGGAAGCCGCUUUCCCCAAAACGAGCGAAGCCUAUGGUCUCAAAGACGACCAUGAGAUUGCAAAACACGUCGUCCGGCUCGCAAGAGAGCGUUUCGAUACCAUUGAUCAAUUAACGGACGUGCCUUCUUUGGAAGAAGGUUGGACAAAAGAAUCCCUGCACGCGCAAUGGAAACCUGUAUUGCGUCAGCUCUUGGAUUCGCUUCGACCUACCACCGUGGCUCCUCAAACACCAAAAUAUCCAAGCGACGAUGAAUUGAAUGAUAAUUUUCAUCAAGUGGCCGCUGAAAAUGAAGACGGUCAUCUCUCCACCAAUGACAGCGAUUACGACGAUGCCGUUGAAGCCGUCGAAGUAAACGAUGUUUUUGAAGAGGAAGACGACAAUGACGUUUUCGCUGAUACCUAUCAAGAAAUCCUCCCGGCAGGUGAACCUCGUCAACCGGAAAAACGAUCGAUCAUGGAUGAACAGCCGGAUGCUGAUAUGCUGACAGAACAUGAUUUCGAAAGAGAUUCACAAGAAGAAGAGCAAGAGGACGAAGAGUUUAUCGAUGAACUCAAUAGCGAUUCCGACGAGUCAUACGCAGAGGUAGUUGACUUGAGUAACCUUCCAGCGGACGACCGUAAUGAAAUAGAGGAAAUUAAAGACGAGGUUAAAACUCCAUAUUCCCAGCGAAAGAACAAACAAGUCAUCCUUGACAAUACAACUCAAGAGAGUGAUCGUACACUCGCUAGUAGCAGUCGAAAUCAAAAAGAAGCGUCCAUCGAUGCUGUAUUGGACGGAAUUGAGGAACAUGUCACCAGGACGACGGCCACCACCGCCACAACCACGGUCACUCGGUCCGAGGGCUCCGAAAAACGAGGUAGCCAAGACGACAAAAAUGAAGAUGCGGAGCAGAAACGUGAGUUGAAAAAAGCAAGGAGAGUGUUGCCGAGUUCGACACCUGCACCGCUCGUUCCAUCGGGUAGUGAGCCACAAAAAUGGCGACGUACGCAACGAAAUCGACGAUGGACCGAUACUGAACUUGAAGCGCUGGAAGAAGGCUUGGCACACUUCCAACAACCGCUGUGGCGAAGCAUCAAAUACCGCCAUCAGGAAAUCUUGUCUGAACGCACCAAUGUCCAGCUCAAAGAUAAAGCGCGUAAUGAAAUCGAACGUUUGCGACGUGCCAAUGAACCCUUAGGCGUGUAUGCGUAUGUCCUACAACCCGCUAUAAAAACAGAAUCCGACUAG